AUGGGCCCAAACAGUUUGUCACAGGCUGGUGUUAAUAAUGUCAGGUCUUUAGCAAAACUUGGGACACUGCUUGAUAUUAAGGACCCAUCACUUUCAUGCUAUCUAUUGGCACUGCAAGAUUUAGAUGAACGAUUAGAAGAAGUUAAAGAACAACGCAGACAGGAGAUUCAACAUCUGAAAAAGCUUGCAAAUAAGACUCACAGUCUCACGCUCAAGUGCAGUGACCUGCAUUCGGCAUUAGAUAAUGUGAAAGCAAAGGACAUUGAAAACCAUCCAACUUAUGAAGAGAGGAAAGCAAAAUGCACCUUUUUGUAUAAGAAGAUCAAAAAUUAUGGAAAAGAUCUUUCAAAAUUGCAGAGGAAGCUGAAAGACAGUGGAGCUGAUGAAUCGAUUUUCCAUGAAAAUUUGUUGAAGAAAUAUGAGAUGCUGAAGUCAUUGCAGGACAAGCUUGCACCAGUGCGUGCAGAACUCCAGGCAUAUAGUAGCUUACCUCCAGAUCUGAGUGAAGUAAAAAUUAAAAUAGAACAACAAAAGAAAGAACUGGCUGAACUAGAGAAACAAGUUGCAGAAAGUAUAGAUGUCUCCCUUUUGUGA